AUGAAAGCCCUCGUGCUUGUGGGUGGCUACGGCACGCGGCUGCGGCCUCUCACGCUCUCCGUGCCGAAGCCGCUGAUAAACUUCUGCAACAAAUCAAUUGUGGAGUACCAGAUCCACCGUCUCUUGUCCUUGCAGGCAGGCGUAGAUCAUGUCAUCCUCGCCGUUGCGUAUCAGCCAUCUACUCUGAUGGAUGCCCUCAGUGCACUCGAGCAGAAGUAUUCUCUGGCGAUCACGUGCUCCCGCGAAGAUGAACCACUCGGCACCGCAGGUCCGAUUCGCCUGGCGAGAGAUCUUCUGCUCUCUCCGCCGCCGGCUCUGCCUCGCCCAGAUGGAGACGGCGAAGCCGCGACUGCCGUUCGCGAGAGCCCAGCGCGGGAGAGCGCGAGCGGCCAAGCGGCUGCUGCAGAGCCAGCCGCGGCGCACGCCGGCGCAUGCACGUCCGAGGAAGUCGCGGACACGGAAGACUGCUUCUUCGUGUGCAACAGCGAUGUGAUUUGCCCCUUCCCGUUCAAGGAAAUGCUGGCCUUCCACAAGGCAACGGGCGCAGAGGGGACGAUUCUGGUGACUGAAGUCGAGAACCCGUCCAUUUACGGCGUCGUCCUUCACGACGAGGAAGGACGCGUCUCAGAUUUCAUUGAAAAGCCGCAGCAGUUCGUGGGCAGAUGCAUCAACGCCGGGUUGUACAUUUUGAACACGAGCGUCAUCGACCGGAUCCAGCUAAGGCCCACAUCCAUCGAGAAAGAAGUCUUUCCGCAGAUGGCCAGAGAGAAGAAACUCUUCUGCUUCAAACUCGAUGGAUACUGGGCGGAUAUCGGCCAGCCGAAGGAUUUCCUGCAAGGGAUGUCACUUCACCUGGAUGCCAUGAGACAGCACCAGGAAGCCGCCAGCCGCGAAGAAAGCGAGAACGGAGACGACCUUGCCGAGGCUCCAAGCUCUUCCCGCCUCGUCUCCGGUCCCCAGUUCAUCGGCAAUGUUCUGGUCGAUCCGUCGGCCAAGAUCGGCGACGACUGUCUAAUCGGUCCUGACGUCACGAUUGACCGGGGAGUCGUGGUUGGACGAGGCUGCCGGCUUCAGCGCUCGGCACUCAUGGAAGGUGUGCGGGUCGGCGAUUACACGUGGAUGGAGACAGCCAUUGUGGGCUGGCAGUCUCGGAUAGGAAAAUGGUGCCGGAUUGAAGGCCUUACUGUUGUCGGCGAGGAUGUGCACAUCCGAAGCGAGUGCUGCAUCAACGGCGCGUUCGUCUUGCCGCACAAGAGCAUUACGCAGUCUAUCCGCGAACCGGGAAGCAUUAUUAUGUAG